CAUGACACAUCUGUGCACAAAAUCUAUUGCAAGAUUUAGCUAUUUAAUCUCCUCCCAUGGCCCACCUUGCUCUGUCCGUAGCAAUCCUCAUGAUAGUGAUCUGCACAUCAGCUGCAGAACUUCCCAGCUGUCAAGAUAUGACCGUUGAGGUCAUACCUUGCGUACCAUACCUAAGGGACCUGGCGACCAACCCGUCGAGUGAUUGUUGUAAAGGCAUCGCAGACCUAAAAGCCAUGGGGGUCACUGUUGAAGAUCGAAGAGCCAUUUGCAAGUGCCUUCAAAGCCAGGCGAAAAAGGUAAUAGGGCUUGAUGCUGGCCGUGUCGCCGGUCUUCCCAGCAAGUGUGGGGUGGACGUACCACCUUUCUCGAAAAAUACCGAUUGCAACAAGAUUUCGGCUGUUAAUAUCAUGGCCCGCGCUUAAUCACAUGACUUUAAUAUAUUUGUAUUAUAAUAAAAAAUGCACGUGUAUUGACAGGUGAAAUUAUCUCCCUUAUUAGGGUAGAAGAAUAAGUUGCUGUGACUUUCCAUGGUAUUAGACUUUCUAUGGCCAAUAUCUACUUUCAAUAUUAAUUUUCCAUCGUGGCCCUAAGCACUAGUUUGUAGAUGUGAGUCACUGUUUAAAUCCAAGCCAUAUGUAUGUUGACUCCUAUUGAUGAUGUAUAAGUUGGAAGAUCUUAGCCUUUGAAUAUUU